AGAAAGAAGAGACGCUGCAACAGACAGACGCUUCAGAGACAAAAUGGCUUCCAGAUCAGAGGAGGAUCUCUGCUGUCCGGUCUGUCAGGAGGUCUUCAGAGAUCCUGUUCUUCUGUCAUGUAGCCACAGCUUCUGUAAAGUCUGUCUGAAGAGCUGGUGGAGAGAAAAACAAGCACCUGAGUGUCCAGUUUGUAAGAGAAGAUCUUCAAGGUCAGAACCACCUCGUAACCUGGCGUUAAAGAACCUGUGUGAGGCCUUCUUACAGGAGAGAGAUCAGAGAGCUUCAGAGGCUCUCUGCAGUCUGCACUCUGAGAAACUCAAACUCUUCUGUCUGGACCAUCAGCAGCCAGUGUGUGUCGUCUGCAGAGAUUCAGAAAAACACAGCAACCACAGAUUCAGACCCGUCGAUGAAGCUGCACGACAACACAAGAAGGAACUUCAGGAAACUCUGGAGCCCUUAAAGGAGAAGUUAAAGGUUUGUGAACAAGUUAAAGUGAAGUUUGAUCAAACAGCAGAACACAUGAAGGUCCAGGCCCGACACACAGAGAGGCAGAUUAAGGAGCAGUUUAAGAAGCUUCAGCAGUUUCUAGAGGAGGAAGAGGAGGCCAGGAUGGCUGCACUGAGGGAGGAAGAGGAGCAGAAGAGUCAGAUGAUGAAGGAGAAGAUGGAGGCUCUGAGCAGAGAGAUAGCAGCUCUUUCAGACACAGUCAGAGCCACAGAGGAGGAGCUGAGAGCUGAAGACGUCUCAUUCCUGCUCAACUACAAGGCUGCAGUGGAAAGAGUCCAGCAGCGCCCCCUGCUGGAUGAUCCACAGCUGCCCUCAGGAGCUCUGAUAGACCAGGCCAAACACCUGGGCAACCUGACCUUCAACAUCUGGAACAAGAUGAAGGACAUGGUCUCCUACACUCCUGUGAUUCUGGACCCAAACACUGCUCAUCCAAGACUCAUCCUGUCUGAAGAUCUGACCAGUGUGAGACGAGGAGGAGAGAGACAGCAGCUUCCUGACCAUCCAGAGAGGUUUAAUCACUGGUCUGUUCUGGGCUCUGAGGGCUUUAACUCAGGGACUCACAGCUGGGAUGUCGAGGCUGGAGACAGUAGACACUGGAUACUUGGUGUGUUAGCAGAGUCUGUUCAGAGGAAGGGACUCAUACGGUCUGGAUUAUGGACAAUAAUGUUCUCUGGAGGUGAAUACUCAGCAUGGUCACCACCAGCUCCACCCACUGAUCUCAGAGUUCAGAAGAAGCCCCAGAGGAUCAGAGUGAAUCUGGACUGGAACAGAGGAAAUCUGUCGUUCUCUGAUCCUGAUACUAACACACACAUACACACCUUCACACACACUUUCACUGAGAGGAUGUUUCCAUACAUUUACACUAGUGAUGAGCUGAAGCUGUCAGCAGUGAAGGUCUGUGUGACAGUGGAACAGAGCAGUUAGAGAUAAAGAGGAUGAUUAUAUUCAUGAUGUUGUUGAUUUCUUAAAGGGAAAAGUCUCUGAAUUUAACCUGUUAAGCUGCACCUGUCCUCCUGCUGUCUCAUUAUUCCAAACAUAUCUUUAUUUUCUUUCACAUCAAAUAAACACAAUCCAACUAGUCCUGUUGGAUUUGAAGCAUUCUUCUACGUCCUCUUGUCUUCAGUGUGUGUGUGUCGUGCAUGUGAUCCCUCGCAGCAUCUCUGCGUGUCACUCAUCGUCGUCGCCAGCUCUCGGUGUGGACGGCGUUCUGAAUUGGUUUGUUGUGCCGAUCCGUGUGAUGUGGGCAGGUGUGGUUUAGGAGGUUGAGCGGGUUGCCUGUUAAUCGCAAGGUCGGCGGUUCAAUCCCCAGCUCCUCCUCUGCAUGUCAAAGUGUCCUUGGGCAACGUGAAUGUGAUGUAGCGUAAAAGCGCUUUGAGUGGUCGAAAAGACUAGAAAGGUGCUAUAACAAGGUGCUCAGAACAAAGCGAGAAAAACAAAGAGUCAGGAGCAGAACUACUGCAGAUCAGUCACUCCGGUCCUCCACAGGAGCGAAGGAGGGAGAACACAUUCAUGCAAAGUUUACAGUUAUUUCAACUCACCUGUCAUGUAAAGGUUUGGCCUAAUGGCUGCUUUUUAUUUUUAACACUUUGGCUUUUGUGAUUUUCUAACAUAAUACUGAAUUCAGGUACAGAACAUUGGGACAUCGGGUAAUUUGGUGUUAGUCAAAGUUACUGGAUGCUUAGCUCUAGCUGUUGAUGCACAUGACUACAUGUAUAUAUGUCAUAUAUCAUAAUAUUCUAUGACUAAUAUACUGUGGAUAAAAAUUGUAUGGUAUAGUUCUGUGCCAAAAUAAUAAUAUAUUGGUUUGAAAUUAUGUUUAUUUAUGUAGAUUUAUAUAUAUAUUGAACAAAAUUAUAAACGCAGCACUUUAGUUUUUGCCCCCAUUUAUCAUGAGCUGAACUCA